UGAAAUUUAUAUAUUUAGUCAUUUUGGAAAUAGUCAUUGUGGAAAGUCGAAAUACGUUCACUUUUUCAAUGAAUUCAACCGAUAUUUAUGAUACAACAUUGCAAUUUGAAACAGAUGCAUAUAGUAGUUCGAUUAGUCUUAAAUGUGAUAAUUUAUAAUACUAUCCUUGGAGUUCAACCAGUUAUGGUUAAUUUGAUGUAACUUCAGAGCAAAGAAGAUCUUUAUAGUGUUCUGACACCAACUUCACUAUUUAAUUAUCCAAUGAUUUCAAUAAGGAGGAAAUUUUGAUCUCAGUUUACGAUGCUAAGUAUUUCAAAAAGAUCGCAAUAUUCAAAUUUUUAUCAGACAACACCUAUGUUCCUAUAACUCCUUUGACUGAAGACUAAGCUUAAUUAUCAGCUCUUAGCUACACUAAUAACGACUUUAAUAUAACUCUAUAUACUGCUAAGACAAUCUAUUUGGAGGUUUUUAAGUGUUAAAAUUCAUAAAGUUAACUAACUAUGAAAGGUUAUGAUUCUAACUAUCUCGUCCAUAAUGUGACCAAGAUGAGUUCUAAGGAAGCCUUUUAUGACAUAUUAUAAGCCAAUUAAGGAGUUUAUUAUUAUAGAUUGUCAUAGAGUUACUACAGUUCCCCUGAUGUGUUUAUUAAAUAUUAAACUGCUCCUUUUUUUUCAAUUGAUUAAAACAAGAUCAAGGAAUACGGUGACAAAUAUUACAGUGUCUAUGCAUAUGUAAGCUCAAGGAAAAUACGAGUCUCCUUCCCUUCAGUUUAGGUUACAAAUAAUGAAAAUGUUGAAUUUACUGUUUUAGUGAGUAGGGAUGCUUAUGAGGGCAACUACGUAAACUGUGUCAAUGGAGAUUUUAAUCUUUUUUAUAAAUACGCAUAAACCUAUUCCUCUCAAUUAAGAACUUUUUAUUAGUAAAGAAAUUAUGGCACCCAAGAUGUUGAAGUGGAUUUCCCCAAUUCAGAGACUGGAUGGUAUAAUGUUAGAGUGACUGCAGUAGUGGAUCAUGGAUAUAUCAAACAGACAAUUACAUACGGCAAAUAUACAGUCUAUUAGGACUAUGAGAUUUUCCCAGACACAUUAUUGGUUCACAUCUUAGCUCCCAUCAUCAUUUCCUGCAUUGCUUUAAUAGGCUUGAUUUUUGGAGCCUGCAAGUUUUCAGCCAAAAAGAAAUAGAUGCAAUAAAUGGAAUUAUUGCAAUAGUAUUAAAGCAACAUUAACCCUUAAUAUUGAUUACGAUAAAAAUACAAUAUUUAUAUAAAGUUAC